AUGCCUGGUGCCAUCCAGAGCUCAUCUUCCCCGCUCCGGGCAGGACGAAGACGGGAGCAGCUCUCAGACGAGGACAUCAGGGCGGAGACCGACACCUUCAUGUUUGAGGGCCACGACACCACGGCCAGCGGCCUCUCCUGGGCGCUGUACAACCUGGCCCAGCACCCCGAGUACCAGGAGCGCUGCCGGCAGGAGGUGCAGGCCCUGCUGAGGGGCCGGGAGACCCCAGACCUGCAGUGGGAGGACCUGUCCCAGCUCCCCUUCCUCAGCAUGUGCAUCAGAGAGAGUCUCCGUCUGCACCCGCCGGUGACCGCCAUCUCCCGCUGCUGCACCCAGGACGUCACCCUCCCCGACGGCAGGGUGAUCCCCAAAGGGAAUAUCUGCGUCAUCAGUAUCUUCGGGCUCCAUCACAACCCGUCGGUGUGGCCGGACCCCGAGGUGUACAAUCCCUUCCGCUUUGACCCCCAGGAUACCCAGAAGGUGUCCCCGCUGGCCUUUGUCCCCUUCUCUGCAGGGCCCAGGAACUGCAUAGGACAGACCUUCGCAAUGACUGAGAUGAAGGUGGCGCUGGCCCUCUCCCUUCUGCGAUUCCGCCUGCGGCCAGACCCCACCCGGGAGACUCGCAGGAGCCCCGAGCUCAUCCUCCGUGCCCAGGGCGGUCUCUGGCUGCAGCUGGACCCGCUGGACUCGGACUCGGACCCGGGGCCGCCAGGGGCUGCCACUCGGAGGCUCAGGGACCCCACCCAGGGGCUCUCCUGACCACAAGGGCUGGGGUGGGUGUGGGCCUGGGACUUCUUAGCUCAACACUGGGCUCUGCGUGGCCACUGGCUGCAGCUGGACCCACUGACCCAGACCCAGGCCCACUGCCCCCAGGGGCUCAGGCACCCCCUCCCCCAAGGAA